AUGAGUCAGGAACAAAAACUGAUUGUACCCGAGACUUCUCUACUGAAGUACAACAAUCCCGUUCGUGUCUCAAAGAAGCAAACAAAAGUCGAUGCGAAGGAGGGACGCGCUUUCGAUCCACGUAAUGCCUGUCAAAUGGAGUCCACUGAAAGCAUCCUUGCCAGCAUCAUGCCGCCGAGGCAGCUGGAAAUUUCUGGUGAUUUGUACAUCCAGGAGGUGUCUUCAGCCCCAGCCUCACGUAUUGAAGUCGUCCAACUAACAAAACAACUGGACCAGCAGUUGGAAGCGAGAGGAGCGAAAAUGACUGGAAUUUGCCCUGUUCGCAGGGAACUCUUUUCCCAGGUUUUUGACGAACUGAUCCGUCAACUAACAAUACAUUGUGCUGAACGUGGUCUUCUGUUGCUACGUGUUCGUAAUGAAGUCCAGACAACACUGUCGGCACUGCAAUCAAUCUAUGCAUCUGGUGUGGUAUUUGGUCUGCAAAAGUCUCUCGCACGUGAAGCCGAUCGCAACCGUCAGACGACCCGCGUGGACGAACUCGAGGCAGAAAUAGCUAGCCUCAAGAAGAAAAUAAAGGUCGAAGCGCUUAAUUGCAAGGCCUUGGAGGAAAAAGAGGCCAAUCGACUGGCAGCUGCUACGCGAAGAGCAGAGGAGGAUGUCAAUUUUUUGCGCAAGGGUCAUGAGCAGCUUAAGGCACAGUUGGAGGAUAUUUUGAAUCAAUUCAAACAAGUAAACGAAUAG